AUGACGGAGAGAUAUUGUUACAGGGAAGUGCUUCCGUUCACUGCAAUGGUCGCCAUAGAGUGCACCAACGUUGGUGUGAACGUUCUAUUUAAAGCAGCAACCGUGAAGGGAAUGGGUUAUUAUGCCUUCGUCGCUUAUUCAUUUGCAAUCUCCACUCUCUUUCUCCUCUUGCCUCUGCCUUUCGUCUUUCGACGGUCAAGAGAGCUUCCACCGCUCAAUCUCUCUCUCAUCUUCAGAAUUUUUUCACUCGGAGUGAUUGGAUUGACAGCUCAGCUUUGUGGAUACAAGGGAUUGAAUUACACUUCGCCUACUCUGGCUUCUUCUCUCAGCAACCUCAUACCCGCUUUCACCUUCAUAUUGGCUAUCAUUUUCAGGAUGGAAAAAGUAGCUUUGAGAAGCUCAAGCACUCAGGCCAAAAUCCUGGGUUCGUUCGUGUCUGUAGCAGGUGCACUCGUAGUUUUACUGUAUAAGGGUCCCAAAAUCUUUUCAACUCCAUCUCCUACUGUUCAUUCUCCAAUGCUAUCUUCAUCACAAACAAAUUGGGUUCUUGGUGGAUCCCUACUUGCUGUUGAGUAUUUUUUGGUUCCAAUCUGGUACAUUGUUCAGACCAGUAUUAUGAAAGAAUACCCCGCAGAGUUUAUUGUGGUCUUUCUGUACAACCUGAGUGGGACUCUCUUGUCUGCACCAAUUUGCUUUCUAUUAGAGGGAAAUCUGAGAGCUUGGAAGCUAAAUCCUGAUGUAACAUUGAUCUCUGUCAUAUAUUCGGGUUUCUUUUGCACGGGGCUAAGUAGUUUGGUUCACACUUGGGGCCUCCAUCUUAAAGGACCAGUUUAUAUAUCAAUCUUUAAGCCUUUAUCCAUUGUUGUUGCUGCUGUUUGCAGUGUUCUUUUCCUUGGUGAAGCACUGUAUUUUGGAACUGUUCUUGGAGCAGUGAUACUCUCAUUUGGGUUUUAUGCUGUGAUAUGGGGUAAAGCAAAAGAAGAGGAUUUGUGUGAGGACUUUGACAUGCGUCCUCCAUCAAGUAGUAAGAGUCCUUUGUUGCUCAGCCACAAAGGGAAAGAUAAAGAAGAGGGCAACCUUUGUUGA